GGCGGAGAAUAACGUUGUGAGUGAGGAGAGGGAAUGCUGUGCAGCUAGACGGUGACGGAGAGAAGAACAGGGACGGAAGUAUAAACAGAACCCCUGUCUGUCCAUAUACUGUACAUCCCUAGUUUUUCGAUUGGCAACGCAGGACAAACGAAAGCGGGUGCCGGAGGCGAUGUCGGAAGCCAGCUCUUUACCGACUACUCAUAGCAACUGCAACAACAAUAAUAAUAAUAACAACAAUAACAACAAAGACAGCGAUGGAAACGAGAGUACAACCACAGCUACCCCAUCCCCUACCGAAACUAGCGCGUCGGAAACUCCGAGUCAAAUCAUAGGCAACGGUUCGGGGAUUAAUCCUGGCACCGGCGGAAACAAUGGGAAAUGGGUCCGACUGAACGUCGGCGGAACAGUUUUUCUCACAACGCGCCAAACCCUACUGAAAGAGCAGACUUCCUUUCUCUAUCGGCUAUGCCAGCAGCAAGAUCUGCACUCGGACACGGAUGAGACUGGAGCGUACGUGAUUGACAGGGACCCCACCUAUUUUGGCCCCAUCCUCAACUACUUGCGGCACGGAAAGCUGGUUUACAACAAGGAGCUGGCUGAGGAAGGUGUCUUAGAAGAAGCAGAAUUCUAUAACAUCACGCCGCUCAUCAGACUGAUCAAGGAGAGGAUUCUAGAACGCGACUGUAAAGCGACGCAGCAGGUACCCCCGAAGCAUGUGUACCGGGUGCUGCAGUGCCAGGAGGAGGAGCUGACCCAGAUGGUGUCCACCAUGUCUGACGGCUGGAAGUUUGAGCAGAUGGUGAACAUCGGGUCGUCCUACAGCUAUGGCACGGAAGACCAGGCCGAGUUUCUGUGUGUGGUUUCCAAGGAGCUACACACGUCCGGCGGGGGCAUGGGUGCAGAACAGAGCCACAAGACCAAGGCCUCGGAAGUGCAGGAGGAGGAUGGAGCGAGGGAUGAGGCGGAGGGAGAGAGAAAUGACACCCCGAGCGAGUGGAUUAGCGAUUAACAGUCGUAUUGUGUUGUCCCAAACGUUUUAAUGGCUCUUUCAGAUUCACGGGUCCCGGAUGUAGACUUGGCGGAGAAUUGUAUUUCUGUUAGCUAGCGGAGCAUAUUUGUGUGCUCGGUGAGGGGGGACUAUUGUCGCUAUUGUUUUUUGUAUUAUUACUGCAGCUUUAUUUAAAAAUAAAAACAAACCAAAAAAAAAAAUUAAUGAAUAAAUUUGUGCUUCAAACACCAGUUUGGAAGAGUCAAAACGCAACACGGAACUACAACUGCUGUUCUCUGUUCUCCUCUGCUGCAGAGGGGUACGUUUUGCUGUCAGGUUAUGUCAGCACUUCUGGAGAAUGAACUGCCUUAUGGCAAAACGAAACAUUCAGUGUGUACAACCGAAUCCUCUGUAUUUUCAGGUAAAGAAUUCAGGUAAAUAAAUGACAUUUUUGGUUAUUUGUUAUUAACUCAUGAUAAAUAGGAAAUAACCAAAAAUGUAAUUUAUUUAUUCGAUGAUAAAACCUACAAUUAGCAAAAUAAAUAGACUGAUAAGCGCCAUGACUAAGUAGUAUGAUAAAAAAAUAUUAGAAGCGAUUUGACUUUCCAUUACCAUAUAAAACCACAAUUAGCAUGGCCUUCAUCGUGCUCCACGUCGUCAUGGAGCCGCUGUCUUCCUCCUGGCUUUGAUGUCUUUUAAUAAUGAGCAGGUCUGCUUCUGAUGAUGUCAUUAUCAAUAAUGGGCGGUAACUUUAACAUAAAAGCUCUUACAGGAAUCGCAGAGAAUAGCACGGGUUGAUUGAAAUGAAUGUUUUUGAUGUCUAAACCUAUUAAACGAAUGCCUCAAAUGUUGCGUACACACGUGUGAAGAGGUCUGAGAUCUUUCAAAAUGGUGUUUGAAAAAAUAUACUGUCACGUUUAAAAUGGACCUUUCCUAUGCAAGGUCCUAUGAAGCAUUUUCUUUAUUCCCAUAUGGAUCUCAAUAUUGGAUAACAGUGUAUGUAUCUCGUUGCAGUGUAAGGAUAAAAUAUCUGACUGUAAUACGUCACACGGUGAAAUAAUUUGGAAUAAAAUACAUACAAGACGACAAGCAUUCCCAUUGAAAAACACGGGAUGUUCCCUCCCGUCCAGUCCUGAGCUGGUGUGGGUGAUCUGGUGUUCUGUGGCAUGUACCAGGAACUACCUGCACACGGUCCUGAGAUUUUUCAGUCCCACAGCGUAAUUGUUUCACCGUUUUUACUAGCAAUAGAGAUAAUUUGGUGCCUUGAGUAAAGCAAAAAAAAAAAAAAAGUAAAUAAAUGCCAUAGACGUGCGUAGAAGUGAAUGAAAAGUAGUUGCUUAUGUUUGUAGAAGUAUUUAUUUUAAAAAAAAGUUUUAAAAAUGUUGUUUUGUUUCGACCCGGGUCAUAGGAAAGGUUUUGUAUAUAACUCUGUGUGUGCGCCUGCGUGUUUGUGUAUGCUAAUGUGCUGCAGCUAAGUCCGCUCCUGCAUGAGUGUGGACCGUACCGAUGCCACUGUCUACAGGGGUAGGCACGCGGACAUCCCGUUUAUGUCACGACGGGGCCCGUCAACGAUCUCCGGAUCUAAACAGCUCUACACGUGGGUCCCUCUCACUGAGGAUUCUGCAUCUUCACCAGAAAGCUGCCCCUCUGCCUUCUGUGUCCUGCCACCCCCCACCCCCCCAUCCCAUCCUACACCCUUGUAAAGGAAUUGUAAGAAGCUGUUCCAACACAGGUCAAGUAGAGGAAUAAUUUAUAAUAUUUUUUUUUAAAAUUUGAAUAAUUUGGAGUUUUUGGAAAGGGUGGGGCCUGGCUUUAUUUUCAGUUGCUGGUCUGUCAUUGUGGUAAAUCGUGAAGAUUAGUUGGCUGUUAAGACAAUCGUCAGAUAAGGUAGAGGCCAUAUUAUAUAUAUAUAUAUAUAUAUAUAUAUAUGGUACCGGUGUGUCUCUGCCCUACUCAUUUAGUUUUUCCUUUGGGUUUUUUGAUAACUGAUAUGAGUGUACAGUGUGUAUUUUUAGACUGGGUGUGCAUGUGAUAAACUAGAACUACCUUGAAAGGGGCCAAAAGAAUAUGCUUGAUGCGCAAAGACUAUAACAGCCUAACUUAAUUUACUGUGAAGUAAACUGUCUCAAAUCUGCUCCUGACAGUCGACCACACCAUUGCCCUCUUUAGUGAUCAUUGGCAUUUCUGUGUCUUUCCUGUUUUGUUUUUUUGUUUGAUGAUAUAUUUUGUAUUCUUUAUUUUCCUGUUACACUCAAUUGCAUCUUAUUGGAACAUAAUUGGAAUCUGUCACAGAAACCCCCAGAAAAGUUUUUUUUUUUUUUUUAAUAAUUUUGAAUUGUAAAACAUUUUGUGGUGUUGCUAUGGGUUCUUGAUAUUUCGUAACUUAGUUAUGUCAUAUUUCUGGAUUUGGAUGCCUUCGGCUGGUUUUUGGGCCCAUUAACAAGCGAUGCAGUUUUUAUAUUGGCGCAUACAUUGAUGAGGCACAGAUUGCUUCCUGGCAUUUCCCCAUUCUGUACAGUGGCCGCCCUUACGGAAAUAAAAUAUUACCGAAGAUAUAUUUAAAUAAAAUAUAUCACCAAGAUUUUCCACUUCACAAUAUAUCCUCCUAAGGCCCAGCAAUUCAUUUUGAGUCUCUGGUCUUAAUCUUAAGAACCAUAUAUUCUACUAUGCGGAAACGAACAAGGGGCAUUCAAUUAAAAUAGAAUUAUAGUUUGGAAAGUAUUUUCACUGUAAUGCUUUUUUGAAAUCAAAGAUACUUGUAUUACGUAAAAAAUGUAUAAUUUUUAAACUUUUUUCCCCCGGGAUCUCAGGAGGAUAUGCGUAUUACAAAUUAUUGGCACGUUCAUAUAUUGACUAUAUUACACUGCUGUGAGUGUGAAAUAUAUUUAAGUGAUAUUUUGAAAAGGUAACAUAUAUUGCAGUGUUUGUCAUUUCCAUGAGGAUACUGUGUCUGAAACCUCAUUAAUUCGGCAGACUGUUCUGUCGCUCCGGUACGAGUAAUCUUGUUGCGGAUCGCUUGUGCUUCACUUGACUUAAUAGACCAAAUAAGAAUGUGACUGCGCACACUGAUUUUGCAAGAUACAAUCAUUGUUGUGAUAAAGAUGAGAUAGGUUUGUUACCUUAGACUGAGAUGGGACAAAAUAAACAUUUCGAAUAUGUUCGAAACGCUUUUCCAAAUGAACAAAUGUGCGUAACAACCUUUUGCUAGUGCUCAUUCUCCUUAACGAACAUCGGUGUCAUUCUUGUGUUUGUCGGAACUACGCCUCAACGAUUCAUUAUUCUUGCCAAAGAUGCAGGAAACAUCUGAAAAUAUUUUUUAGUAUAUAUGUUGCCGGCUUGAAAAUAAAACUGUGUUGUAUGUCCUUAAAUAUAAGCAAUCUUUUCAUGAAUUUCUAAGAUUAAUAGAACAGCCCAGUGCGCCCUCCACAUUUUUUGAAGUUGUGUUUUGUAUCAUCAUUGGAUUCAGUUGCUAAUAAAUAAAACGUUUCUUUUUUCAAAAAGA